CUUUGUGAUGUUGCAUAAUAUGCCCGGUAUCUCUCCAUUUACAAGGCCAAAAUCUAGUCCGAGUAACCUGACAACAUGGUCGAACAACAAAGGAUCUUUGUAUGCGAACUAAUACCGAGGGAGAUACGGGGAAAGCAGCCAAAAAUGGCCGUAGCUAGGAAACAUCAAGAAGCAGCAUAAUACUCUGUACAAACGUAGACAUCCGAAUGCUUUCCAUUUUCAUUACCUAGGACUCUCCGGUGGCUCGCUUUCGAGUUGCCCCUUUUAUGCACUGCCAACCCGCCAUUAUUGGUGCUAAAAUGCUCAGCUCAUAAACCUCGUCCCUCAUUGGCUUUCUGGUACUCUUCCGCUGCCCCGCUUUUUUAACUUUUGCUCCGGCCGGCGGAGCAUCUUUCUCUGCCACCUGAACGGUCGAUGUUGCUUGGGAGCUCGGAGAGACCGAUCUUCUUUGAAUUUACGUUACAGGAUUUUCAUACUCAUUAAGGUUUUAAGUUAAAACCUCCCCAACAAAUAUAUUUCUGUUAUGAUGGUGGCUGAGACAACCUCUGAUUCAUGGCUUACCAAUAUUCUGAGACCUCCAAGGAAGGGUUCAGUAUUGGAGCCCAAGAGGUCCAAGAUUGGUAUUUUGGCAUUUGAAGUUGCAACUAUGAUGUCUAAGGUGAUUAACUUGUGGCAGUUGGUAAGCGAUGCCCAAAUUGCUAGAUUAAGAGAAGAUAUUGCAAAUUCACCUGGAAUUCAGAGGCUUGUCUCUGAAGAUGAUGAAUACCUCAUGGAUCUAGCUUUAGCUGAGAUAAUUGGGAAUUUAGAAUGUCUGGCAAAAUCAGUGGUGAGGCUUGGGAGGAGAUGCACAGAUCCUGUGUAUCAAAACCUUGACCAAAUUUUCGAUGCCUCAUUUGAGAUGGAUCUUAGUUGGUCUGUGUGGCGAUAUAGACUGAAGAAGAUGGAGAGGAAGGUUAAGAAAAUGGAAAGAUUUGUUGCAGCCACUAAUCAGUUGUAUCAAGAGAUUGAAGUUCUUGGAGAGCAUGAACACACUUUGAGGCGAUUAAAGUCUGGUUCUAAUCCAAGUCAACUGAAAUUGCUCGAGUUUCAACAGACGGUUAUGUUGCAACGCCAGGAAGUCAAGAAUCUUCAAGAAAUGUCGCCUUGGGUUAGAACAUAUGACUAUAUUGUUCGGCUUUUGUUCAGAUCUAUUUUUACAAUAAUUAUGAGGAUUAAAUUUGCUUUUGGCAUAAACCAGAUAGGCAAUGGUGAAGGAAGCAAUCAAUUUGAGGAUUUCCACAAUAAUUCUUUUGCACACAAUCGCUCUGUAUCUGUCAUGUUGCAAUCUUCGGUUUAUCCAUCUGAAAAUAACAUGUCCAGAGUCUAUUCAGGACCUCUUGGGAAGUCAUUUUCAAAUCUGGGGCUUGAUGGUGACAAGAAUCAAUCGAACAAUAGGGAAUUGCUUACACGUCAGUCAUCUGUUCGUCGUGGAAAGCCAUCACAAAUGAGAUCCAGACAACUUGCUUCUAUUGGAUCUUUUGGAGUGUGCAUGAAGGCUGGUAGUUAUUCGCCUGCUAUAGAUGGCUAUGCACCAUCAAAUAGUGGAAUUUCUAGGCCCGAUAGCCGUUCUCAAGGAGUUGCUGGUACAUUUGAUGAAACGAAUGUACUUGCUGCCUCGUGCAAGUGUGCAAAAACAACUUUUUUCAAUUUCAAGCGUAAGCUGUUAGUUGCCCCGCCAUCAACUCUUGGUUUUACUGCCUUGGCUCUCCACUAUGCAAAUAUUAUCAUACUUAUUGAGAAGUUAGCUUCUUCACCUCAAUUGAUCAGCCUCGACGCUAGAGAUGACCUAUACAAUAUGUUGCCUGCAAGUGUCAAAACCACCCUGAGGGCGUUGUUAAGGCCGUUCUCUAAGAAAUCAGCUUCAUCUAUUUAUGAUCCAGCCCUUGCUGCAGACUGGGGUUUGGCACUGGCAAGGAUAUUAGAAUGGUUAUCUCCACUUGCUCAGAAUACAGUGAGGUGGCAUUCUGAGAGAAACGUUGAGAAGCAUCAAAUGACUUCUCGGACAAAUGUGCUUCUUGUGCAGACCCUCUACUUUGGCAGCAAAGCCAAGACUGAAGCAACAAUCAUCGAGCUUCUUCUUGGUCUGAAUUACCUCUCAAAAUAUGAUCAAAGUUAAUAGUAAGAACAUCGCGGAGUUUUGCCAUAGUAGAGUUUGCAAUGAUUAUAUUCUCCACGAGGAUAACAUUUCUCACACUCUUUAAGUGAUUUUUGUUUACAUCUUGUAAUCGUUUCUGUAAAUGUAGCUCAUAAGAAUAUAACAUAUGGAGUAAUAAUAUAAUUUUGUUAUUUGAUAAA